AGGUACUACUCAUCAUCGGAGUUCUCCGAUCUGGCCGUUCACACCCUUGAUCAAGAUUUCAAGGUUCAUCGGGUAGUCGUCUGUGGGCAGUCCGAAUAUUUCUCCCGUCUCUUCCAGGGUACAUGGCUGGAAGCAAAGGAGAGCGAAAUUCACCUCAAGGAAGACGAUCCCCGCGCGAUAGAAGCAAUGUUUCAGUUUAUGUACGGAUUCGAAUACGACAGCAGCGGCAGUGACCAAGGCCGCACAUCGCCCAUGCUGUUGAAUGUCAAGGUCUAUCAGGUCGCGGAGAAAUACCAAGUUCGCCAGCUUAAGGACCGCGCAAGAGAGAAGUUCAAGUCUAUCGUGGAGGCUUGCUGGCAGAUGGACGACUUUCCCGUUGCUAUCGAAGAGGCAUACAAACGUACCACGAAGGAGGACAGGGGUCUCCGG